AUGUCCCCCAAAACCAACUUUUUACUCCCAUUCGCCGACCCUUUCGAGAGAGAGAGAAAAAGCCGAAACCCUAAUCCAGACGCCAGCUUUCUCCCUCUCCAAUGGCUCGUACGAAGCAGACCGCUCGGAAGUCCACCGGUGGCAAGGCCCCCCGGAAGCAGCUCGCCACCAAGGCGGCGAGGAAAUCGGCGCCGACCACCGGCGGAGUGAAGAAGCCCCACCGCUACCGUCCAGGAACCGUAGCCCUUCGGGAGAUUCGCAAGUAUCAGAAGAGCACGGAGCUGCUGAUCCGGAAGCUGCCCUUCCAGAGGCUGGUGCGCGAGAUUGCGCAGGAUUUCAAGACGGAUCUCAGGUUCCAGAGUCACGCCGUCCUGGCCCUCCAGGAGGCGGCAGAAGCCUACCUCGUCGGUCUUUUCGAGGACACCAACCUUUGCGCCAUCCACGCCAAGCGCGUCACAAUCAUGCCGAAGGACAUACAGCUCGCUCGCCGCAUCCGUGGAGAGCGUGCUUAGAUUCGUGCUCUUUCCUCUAUAUUUUGGUUCUUGGUUUUGUCAUUGGUGUUAUCAGGUCUGUCAACUGUUCGUACUGAUCUCGUUUUGUUUCAGAGGUUAUAAUGGUUAUGUUUAGAAUCUAAUUAGUGACCUAGUUCUGAUGUAUAUUCUUAUAUCAAAAUCCAGAAAUUCGGAUUCAUGGUUAUGUCGUUAUUUU